AGGAAUGUUAAGGUUCCUGAUCCCCAGCCUGUCUGUGAUUGUUGAAAUGGAGCAAAGAAGAAAGCUGUUCGUCCCAGGUUCUAAUGGCUUCACCAAGAGAUCAAAAUAAGACUAGUUUAAGAACGUUUCUACGCAAUAAUCCUGAUACAGAUAAAGUCAAGGAGAGUGCUUCAAAAUGGCUCAAAAGGCAUGGUCCGCAGAAUUCUAAGCAUGAUGAUAAUGAAGAAGUGCCAUUGGUAAUGUUCCACAGAGAUCAGAUUUGGUGUCACAAUUCCUGUGAAAAUAAGGGUAAGUCAGAGGAAUGGGAUCCAGGACAUCACACCACGUCUUCUGUUCAGCCAAAUUUACCCCUGAGAGAUAAGCCCUACAAAUGUUUUGAGUGUUGGAAAAGUUUCAGUAAUAGUUCUCAUUUGCGUACUCACCGGAGGACCCAUUCAGGGGAAAAGCCUUAUAAAUGCUCUGAGUGUGGGAAAUGCUUUUCUAACAGUUCUCACCUAAUUCAGCACCUAAGAAUCCACACUGGAGAGAAGCCCUACCAGUGUGCGGAGUGUGGGAAAAGUUUCAGCCAUACUUCCCAUCUAAUUAUCCAUGAGAGAACUCAUACGGGAGAGAAACCCUAUAAAUGUCCUGACUGUGGGAAGAGUUUCAGUAGCAGCUCCCACCUCAUUCAGCAUCACAGAUCACAUACGGGUGAAAAGCCGUAUGAGUGUCCUGUUUGUGGGAAAGGCUUUAGCCACAGCUAUGUCCUCAUAGAACACCGAAGGACUCACACUGGAGAGAAACCCUACCGAUGCCCAGAUUGUGGAAAGAGUUUCACUCAGAGUUCCAGCCUGAUUCGUCACCAGCGGACACACACCGGUGAGAAGCCCUACAAAUGUCUUGAGUGUGGAAAAAACUUUGGCUGUAAUUCUACCCUAACAAAGCAUCAAAGAAUACAUACAGGAGAAAAACCGUAUCAGUGUCUAGAAUGUGGCAAGAAUUUUAGUCGAGGUUCCAACCUUCUAACACACCAGAAAACACACACAGGAGAAAAAUCUGAUGAGAAAUUUGAAUGUGAAGAAAGCUUGCUGCAGAGAUGCAAUGCGAUAGAAGCAUGCACAGUCCAGCCAGGAGAGAAACCAUAUAAAUGUUGUGAAUGUGGAAAGAGUUUUGGGCUUAGCUCCCAUCUCAUUAGACAUCAGAGAACACAUACUGGGGAAAAGCCCUAUCGGUGUUCUGAGUGCUGGAAAACGUUCAGUCAGAGCUCUACUCUAGUGAUCCACCAGAGGAUACACACGGGAGAGAAGCCUUAUAAAUGUCCUGAAUGUGGUGAGCGCUUCAGUCAAAGCUUUAACCUCAUCCGGCACCGGAGGACCCACGUCGGAGAAAAACCGUACAAAUGUGCCAGCUGUGGGAAGUGCUUCAGCAGAAGUGCUUACCUCAGCCAGCAUCAGAAAAGUCACAUUAAAAAGUCUUUUGAAGCUCCAGAUGUGAGAGGUUUUCCCCACGAAUGGGCUUGGAAAAGCUGCUCAGGGGAGAUGGCCCUUGUCCCUUCCUUCUCGCUCUUAAAUUCCUCUUCCUGAAUCCCAGAGCCUGCUGGGUUUUCUUUCCCCCUCAGGGGACCAUGGUGCCCUGGGGUUUCAAUGGGUAUGUUUCU